UUUUCUGGCUAUGAUUUUAUAGAUGUAACAACAAUUAAUCAUUGUAUUGGAUUUAUUAAGGUGGAUAAUCUUUAUUAUAUUAUUGAUAAAGAAGUAAAUGAUAUUGCCUUUAAAGAACUUAAUGACUCUCAAACCAAUACUAAGUUACCAAGUCAUAGAAGUCUUGCAAAAAAAUAUGGUAUUUCAGAAACCACUUUUAGACAUGUUAUUAAAAAUGGUGGCCCUCUUGAUCAUCCAGGCCCAGCCAAAGUUUUAACUGACCAUAAAGAGCAACAACUUGUCAGUUAUUGUUUAAAUAUGCAAAAGCUUGGGUUCAGAUUGGCAAAGUCAGGAGUGAACCAAUAUAUAAUGGAUAUUGUUCACCAAAGUAACAAAUUUCACCCCUUUAAAGAAAGUGGACCAGCAAUAAUUGAAAAUCAUUUGCUUACCUCAGAUCAGAUUUGGAAUAUGGACGAGAUGGGCUUCAUCAUUAAUCCAACUUUUCAAAAAGUAAUUGCAAAGAAGGCAGCCAGGAUGUAUAUAUCACCAUUAAUCAUCUACAAAGGAAAUCACAUAAUUCCUGGCCUCUUGAAUGGUAUACCUGCAGGUUCUGUUAUGGGAUUCACAGAUACUGGCUAUAUGAAAGAAUGCCUUUUUCAAAAAUAUAUCAAAUAUUUCAUUCGUUCAAUUCCACCUACUCACUCUGUUUUAUUAAUUCUUGACAGUCAUAAAAGCCAUGUUAGUUAUGCUUGUAUUAGCCUUUGCUACAACAACAACAUUCUCCUCUAUGCACUUUCACCCUACACAACCCAUAUACUUCAACCUGCAGAACUUUCUUUCACUCAUCUUAAACAAGCUUAUGAUAAAGAACAGUUCGAUACUUCACCAAUGCAACCUUCUUUACAACCUUCUAUACCAACUUCAUCUUUACAACCUUCUACUUCACCUUUACAAGCUUCUUCUAACCUAGAUCCAAAUUCUACACUUAACUCUAAUAAAAAAAGAUCAUUAAAAACUGAGAUUGAAACACUUAAUAUUAGGGUUGAGCAGUUGGAAGCAGAGUUGAAAGCGACAAAAGAUGAAUUAGAAACUUUUAAAAACUCCAGCACCUCCAGAAGCAAGUUUACAAAAAAGAAAAAAAAGGAAACUAUACUGUUUUCCCAACUUUUUACAAAUGAAACAUCCCUGAGGUUAUUAAAAGAUGUGAAGAAGGAAGCUAAGAGAAAAGCCAAUGAGAUCAAACAAAAAAAAGAGGCUGCCAUGCAAAAACGAAUUGCUAGGGCACAAAAGAAGAAAGAAUUAGAAUGUACUAAAGCAAAAGACAAUAUAUUAGAGAGGGGAAAAAAAAAAUUAGAUGAUCAUUAUACAUAA